GACACUCAACACGAAAUGACGAACUAUAUUUGCUGCCAUUACUGCUCCUUCUGCUAAAAGAUAGUCUCAAACUCGGGUAACAGAACAGGACACCAAGGCAAAGGUUGUUCUGCUAGUUAGUGGCCUGGCUGGGUAGUAACGAGAAGAAAAGGAAAAUGCGAAAAUGUGCUGGUUUUCCUCCCCGUUCUGCCCGAAUUCGGGUGGAAUUGUUCCAAUUUCAAAGCUUUUACUUGCCAGUCACUCAGUACCGUUGGCUUUGGUGAGUUGAGUGAGACGCGCUGCUGGUCGUUCGUGGGUCGACUAACGUACCGGAUGGAAAAUCUUAUCGAAUUUCUUAAUCAAUAUUAAUAUUAUCUUGGUUCAAUUUUUCUUCAGUUUCCUCAAUUCCAAUUUCCUGUCAUUAUUAUAAAACUAAAGCGUGUUACAUACAAGAGCAUAUUUCGUCUGUGGUAGAGAAAAGUGGUCAAGUGCGACGUUCCAGACAGAAGUUUGUGACAGGAGUUUGAGAUUUGAGACAGAUUUCGUGUUCUUUCCCACUCAUGAAACACGGUACAAAUUAAUCCGAAUUUAUCCCAGAGAGAGAGGAAGGAUAUUGAUUUCCGCGUUACGUGUGCACCACUCGUAGAAGUGGAUUCUUUGUAAUUUAUUACAAUUAUUGUGAAAAAUAGAGCUAAUUAAUUGGGGACCAUGCCAGGGUCUCGUCGUAUGUAAAAGUGACAUGUAAAGUGGACGUGGGAUUCAUUUCGUUUUCUCGCUACUCCCAUGAGGAUAAUGCACACAAGUGACAAGCAAUCCUUCUCUGAUUAUCCAAUUCGCUAGAUUGGGUUGCAUGUGCGCCUGCAUUCGGACAGAAAAAUACGCAAAUAAUCGAAUCGCAUAAUGAACUUUGGAAUAACUAGUGGUCGUAUUUCGUGUCAACCUGCAGUUCUGUCCUAGCUGUCCUUGUCCUUCUACUGUCAUUUUGAAAUUAGAAAUCAUCUUCCCCCCAUAAAUUAAAUACUAGCAUUUGAAAAAUGACUUUACUUUCUCCAAUCUAAAACUCAUUUGGGUGGAAAAAUAUGAUAUAAAAUCUUCAAUAUUUUACAAUACUCGUUGAUUAAAAUUCUCUGGAAACCUUCCGAAGGGUAAGCAGUCAAAAUUGCGAAAAUGUAUCACUUCCGAACCAUGCGGGGAGGGGGAGCGUAUGUCCCCCCAGAUACAAGUACAGGGCUCUCCUGGAGUCAGAGGCCACCUGAAUUGCCACGCUUCACGUGCGGUCUUGCCCCACAAACGUUGGUGAAAUUCUUUGCAGCUGUGGACAUCGCGAAAAAUAUUCUGGGGGCGGUCGUCUUUGUGUAUUUGUAUUUCAAGUUGAGAAAUGCUGACAUUGAGGAAUUAAAGGACGAGUAUUCGAACAAUCUGGAUAUGCAGGACUAUCUCAAUUUCCCUGAAUGGCAACAAAAAGGCAUCCUUUUUACUUUUGUGCUCCUUUUCACACUUGCUCUCAUAUUCUCCAUCAUUUUAUACCGAGGUGCAAGACAAGCAAACUACUCAAAACUGCGCAUCUGGUUCCUCUACCAGCUCAUGUCGUUAAUAACCUUUAGCGCCGUGCACAUCUGGAUGUUUAUCCAUGGCUGGCUUCUGCCCGAUCGACCGAGAAAACUGACGGGUUCUUUGUUCCUCAUCUUUUUUAUGAAUUACUUAUGGGCUGGGUAUUCUCUCUACAUUUGUUAUCUGCUGAUGGUCGACAUCUCAUAUUUUGCUACAAGUUCCGUGAACAAUUCCCGGAACGGGAAUCUUCGCAUGUACCAGCAGCAAACGGAACAGUUCAGAUAGUCGAAUAACCAGGAUUGAUCAUCACAAAUACAAUACAACAGUCUCCAACCAAAUAUCUGACAAGAGGAGGAGGAAAGCGACACGUGUGAAGUGAAUGUCAUCAUCAUCUCAUCUCAGCGUCUCAGAAAAGUAUAGUACAUAGUCCCCGUUUUAUUACGUAUGUAUGUUGUAUGUACCAUCUACAUAACUACCUGUUUCCCAGUUACCGUUCUUGGUUGUCGUGGUAGCCUGGAUGUCGUGACCUUUACAGUUUUACACAUGUAUAUGUAUGCAGUUCGUAUAUAGAUUGAGUGCAGUUCAUGGAUUAGACUCCCGUUUCGAUGAUAAUGUCAAAUGUCAAUGUCGCGUGUGUCUGAAUGUCUGUCAAUGAAAGGUACAUAGCUGCUACGUAAAUAUGUACGUACGUAUAUCUUGAAUUGAGGUGCAUGUCCGCCACAGGUACACAAUUCUCGGUGACAUCUUUCACCACUUACUAUGUAUGUAAAAUAAUUUCGGUGUUGUCGUAAUAUUUUACUCCCAAAUCAAUGUCUUGAGCUAAUUAUUGCAUGCGUGUCGUCUAUAUCGGUAUAAAUAUGUGUUGUGUUGUAUUGUAUGUAUCGUGUCCACUAGUCAGUUCGUUCUACUACUCGAUAAUUUAUAACUCUCUAUCGGUUAUUAUUUCUAAAAGGAGCGAACGAUGACAUGAAAGAGGAUGAGAUGAUUGCCCAUCAGUUAUCAUCAAUCCAUAAUAAAGUUUGAUUAGCCAUGCGGCUGCGGGUGAAAUAUUUCACAAUUCUCACGAUCGGUUGUCUCCUCUCUUUCUCUUUCUGUCUUAAAAUGCUGCCAUGUAAGAAGCAGUUAUCGAUCCGUUGUUGUUGUUCUUGUUCUCGGUUAUUAAAGGCAAACACACUUUUGCGAUUUACAGAAUGAAACUUAUCCUGUGUAUUACUCGCGAUAUAUUAUCUGAUAGUUGCCAAUUUAUUGUGUGAGAAAACUGUGAAAGUUUUGAUUUGACGUUGCUUAUCAAAGUUAGAGGUUUCGUCUCUCAGCAGAACUACGUAUUUACUUUUUGCAAGAUAAUCUGUACAAGUUGAGACAGAAAGUACGUAAUACAUAAUUGUCACCAUGUGUAUCAUGUAAAAUCUCAGAUGGGGCAAGAUGAGACAUCAAUUAAAAGCAUGGCUUAUAA